GGGUCCGCGGCACCGGCGGACCCCGGGGGCGCGGCGGGGCGGGGCCGCGCGGGGCCUCCCGGGAGCUGCAGGCCGUGCGCGACUCCGCAGCGUCCGCAGGCCCCGCGCAGAGGCCGGCAGCUCGCCUGGGAAGGUGGCGGGGUCCCUGCGGGGCGCCAGGCGCUGGGCCCGACGCGGGCCCGGGCGGGGAUGCGGCGGAGCGCGGGCCCCGGACUGGCCCUGUCCCUGCUGCUGGCGCUGCUGGGCCGAGGGGGCGCGUUCUACCUCGAGGUCCGUGAGCUGGAGGAGAAGUGCUUCAUCCAGGAGAUCCCCGAUGGCACCGUGGUCAUAGCAUCUCUGCGAGGUCCCGUGUGGGCCCUUAGUCGUAGGUGUAGAUGUGGACACGUUCUGGCUGCCUCUCCAUUAGGUAACUACAAGACCGAGCUAUACGACCCUGCUAUGGAAAAGUACCAGCCCUCUCCGCAGUGGAUCAAUUUGUUCGUGUUUGUGAAGGACCCCGAGAACAAGAACCUCCUGGCCCGUCAGUAUGGCCCUCAGGGCAGCUUCACCUUCACCUCCCAGUCUCCUGGAGAGCACCAGAUCUGCCUUCACCUGGAGUCUAUCCGGUUCGCCCUCUUCUAUGAUGGCAAGCUGGCCAUUCACUUGGACAUGCAGUUGGGUGAACACACCACUGACUAUGCGGAAUUUGCAGCCAAGGACAAACUGACCCUGCUGCAUCUUCGUGUGCAGCAGCUGGUGGAACAGGUGGUGCAAAUCCAGAAGGAGCAGGAGUACCAGCGGUGGCAAGAGGAGCGCUUCCGGCAGACCAGUGAGAGUACCAACCAGAGGGUGCUGUGGUGGUCCAUCCUGCAGACCUUCAUCCUCGUGGCUACUGGCAUUUGGCAGAUGCAACACCUCAAGAGCUUCUUUAAAGCCAAGAAACUGGUGUAGAUGGGCCCCAGAAACCUAGCCCCUCCUCACUCCUCUUCUGCGGACUGGUAAGAAGUGGCCUGGCCUGGUCUGUCUCCUGGCUUCCGCUCCUCCCAACCCCCAAGGGCUUCCUUGCUUCUGGCAGGGGGACAGGACCUCUUUGAACUGGUUUGUUAGGCAGCACUGGGGAGACGAUGGGUAUCCAGCUGGAGAAAGUUCAGUGGGGGAAGCUGUAGACGACUACACAGAACAUAGCUGUUUUAUGAUGCUGAGCAGAAGGCAGUGAGGGCGUGCUCAACCCCAUGUUAAACUGGAAGGAUUAACUUUCCCAAGACGGAGAAAUAAGAGUGAAUAUAAACUGCAUAAAUACUUCAA